AUGAAAGCCUCUCUUCAAUCAGUCUGGAUUUGGGAUCCGGUGGAUGCCAACGCCGUCUUCCACCACCCACAGGAUCCACCUGAGAACGAUGAGGCGAUGGCGAAAGAAUGCUUUUUGGACGGAAAGAUCGGGGCGCGCCUGAACAAAUUGUCCAAGGCUACCUUGGUGGACCAGAAGGGCUCCAUUGCCAUGGUCACCCGCGAGGAUGGCAGCAGCCACGAGGUGCCCUCGACCCGCAUGCUGCCUUGGUAUGAAGGCCUUCUUGUCCUGCAAGAGCUCGAGGCCAAAAGCGCUGGGAUCGCUUGGUUUGACGACCGUUGCCGAAGCCUGCUGAUGCAGGAGCGCAGGAAGCGCGGGAAGGUGAACGGCGCGCUCUAUGUUGAAAAGAAGCUGAUGAACCUCUCUGUCACAGGUAAGCGGUUCGAGGAUGCAGAAGGAGCUACCUUUAGUUAUCGACGGCCGGAGGUGAAAGACACAGAAAUUCUGGCGGAGAGCGAGGAUGAAGUAAUGCCGGGCCGGUUUCGCAUCGCGGAUAUUACUGGCUACAUGCCCCCUUGGGAGGCCUGGUGCCACGAGCACGGUGGCUUCUACCAAGACUUCUACCAGGUGCGCUGGAAAGAUGAGAACGGCACAGCGUGGGGAGCAGUGAAUUUUUCGAAAGUGGAGAACGGCGCCGCCGAAGCAGGUUCGACGUGGGAGCCUGACGACUGUAUACCACCCAGCCUUGAUGGCAUGAGGUUGCGCGAAAAGGCCCGAUGGCUGAAGCGCAAGCGCGAUCAGGAGCAGAAAGCCGAGAAGGACAAGGAACUUGCGGAGAGUGCCGUGAAGUCGAAGCGCCCCCGCGUCGAAGGCUCAUCCAUGACCUUGGAUGGAGGAAGCCCUGUGGAGGUCGAAAAGCCAGAAGCUCCACCGCCGAAAAUGAGCAGAUAUCGGCGCAACGGCACCCCGCUCAUCCAAGACAUGUUUCGCCUGAAGCGGGGACAUGACUUCGAGCCGCCGCAAAGCAACAAAGAUCCGGAUGUUCGCAGUGGCUGGCCAAGGAGAGCCGAGGACUAUCCGCCCGGCUACGGCUGCGCAGAUCCGCCCGGUCUCUGCAGUGCCACGUGCGAUUGCAUGGACGAUCAAAGGGCUCAGAAGUCCUGGGAAACUAGCAAGAACUGGCUCGAGGAACCGAGACGCGCCGCCGAUGCGACGAUGGCCAUUGACAUGCUGAGCGCGCAGACGCGGUUCGUGAGGAGAAGGGGGCAGGUUACGAAGUGCUGCUUCUUUGAGACAAGCCAAACGAGCCAUGCGGACCAGACGCACACAAAUGCGGCGAUGAAUCUUUGCAAAGUCUUGGAGGAGUCGGUCCGAUCGGUACUGAAGGACCUACCUAUGUUUGCCAUCCAAGAAAACGGGGAUUCUGUGCGAAUACCAGCGUGUGCCCUGAUGAAGCCGGGUGAAGACUAUGCGCCGGUACAAUACCAGCUGGCGCAGACCUCCACUGCUCGAAAGUGGCUGUGUCUCAGUGAGGAGGAUGGCAAGCUUUCCCUGAUAGGGAAGGGGCCGCCAAGCAGGCCGGCUCCUUUCAGAGUGGAGUUCGUCCACCCAGAGGGGAUGACUGCAGUCGUGGACUGCAUGGUCACCGACACCCAGCAAAAGUCUUGGCUGUCGGCUUCGGCAACGAUCGCGGCACGGUUCAUGGAUGUGGGACACUGUCCUUUGUCGCGCAACGCUCGCGUUGUUCUGCAGGAGCAUGUGGGAAAGAUCUUUAGCUUCGAAAAGAAGGUGGCGAAGGAAAUUGCGCUUGGCCGUUGGCUCGACGUUGUAGACCUUCUUAUCCGCAUGCUCAGGACGACAGCAAUGGCUCAUGUGGUGAAGUCCGAUUCCGCGGCCCGUCUGAAGUAG